GCAUUAGUCUAAUGAGAUGUUUGCAGCUGGAGCGCAGGGCUGCUGGAGAACUAACUGUGAGCUACUAACACGGGUGGAAGAUAGCUUUUGCAAUACUCGGUUUGCAUGUGCCGAAAGUCAUCUGUCUUCUGAGUCAACCCUCCCGACCUGGUAAACAAGCUGCUCAGGGCUCUGGUGAACAAGCUGUAGCACCUCUUCUGCCUGUGAGCGAUCUGUCACCUCAUUCUGUAAGACUGGCACCAGCCGAAAUGCAGUCUCAGAGGAUCCCGGGGAGAAAGCGAGGCCGACCCUCACUUCACUCCACACCUAUGAAGAUGGCAGUUCAUAACCUUUAUUCCGCCUCAGCUGGCUCUUUACCAGCAGUGAAGAUCCCAAAGAAAAGAGGGCGGAAACCUGGGUACAAGAUCAAGUCUCGGGUUCUCAUGACUCCCUUAGCCCUCUCACCUCCGCGGAGUACCCCAGAGCCCGACCUCAGCUCCAUCCCUCAGGAUGCAGCCACUGUCCCCAGCUUGGCGGCCCCACAGGCUCUCACAGUCUGCCUCUACAUCAACAAGCAGGCCAAUGCGGGGCCCUACCUGGAGAGGAAGAAGGUGCAGCAGCUCCCGGAGCACUUCGGGCCGGAGCGGCCGUCGGCGGUGCUGCAGCAGGCCGUCCAAGCCUGCAUCGACUGCGCCCACCAGCAGAAGCUGGUCUUCUCCCUGGUCAAGCAGGGCUAUGGUGGCGAGAUGGUGUCAGUCUCAGCUUCCUUUGAUGGCAAACAGCACCUGCGGAGCCUGCCCGUGGUGAACAGCGCUGGCUAUGUCCUCCGCUUCCUCACCAAGCUGUGCCGAAGCCUCCUGUGCGACGACCUCUUCAGCCACCAGCCCUUCCCCAGGGGCUGCAGCGCCUCUGAGAAAGCCCAGGAGAAAGAGGAAGGGAAGAUGGAGUCAGCCAAGACAGACACCACCGAAGAGUACCUGGUGCACCCUGUGGGCAUGAACCGCUACGGCGUGGACCCCUCCGCCUCCACCUUUAACCACAGGGGGUCCUUGCCCCCUUCCUCCUCGCUGUACUGCAAGAGGCAGAACUCUGGAGACAGCCACGUUGGGGGAGGUCCUGCUGCUGCCUCUGGUGGUCCCCGCACCAGCCCCAUGUCUUCUGGUGGCCCCUCAGCACCUGGGCUGAGGCCCCCAGCCUCCAGCCCCAAGAGAAACGCGACCUCUCUUGAAGGAAACAGAUGUGCCUCAAGUCCUUCUCAGGACGCGCAGGAUGCCAGGCGGCCACGGAGCAGGAACCCCUCCACCUGGACUGUAGAGGAUGUGGUGUGGUUUGUGAAGGAUGCCGACCCGCAGGCUCUGGGGCCUCACGUGGAGCUCUUCAGAAAGCACGAGAUUGAUGGCAACGCUCUGCUGCUGCUGAGGAGCGACAUGGUCAUGAAGUACCUGGGCCUGAAGCUGGGACCCGCACUGAAACUCUGCCACCACAUUGACAAACUGAAGCAAGCUAAGUUCUGACUUUUUAAAAAAGACAGAAGCGAAACCCAAAACAACAGAUCUCAAGAUUGUCUUCUGCCUUACCAGCAUCCAGUCAACAUCACAAGAUAGACUCUCCUCUUACAAUUAACACACACAAAGACUUGGUCUUUCUAUAAAACUCGUGAAUCUUUGCCUUUUUAAAAAUUUAACCUGGACCUUUUGAAAAGUUCAUCCGUGUAAUAAUUUGCCAAAAAUUUACAAAACCCUCUGAUUUUUUCACAUCCCUGUUAACGCUGAUUGCUCUUAAAGUGGGUCCUAUUUGCAUAAUGAGAGAAUUAUGAAUGCUUAUUCCCAACUGGAGGGUUCUAAGAAUGACAGAAGGACCUUUGUCCCUGCAGAGCCUGCAGGGACACCCACCUCAGCACCAUCUGCCUCUAACUCUGACCUGGGGACCUAUCCAUGUGAGCCUUGUUUGCCUCAGCUCUGGAAUCUGACUUCUGAAGAUGACUGCCUCACCUUGCACUAGCUGGAAAACUUGAAUUAUUUUGCUCCCUGAAAGAAAAGAAAAAGAAAAAUCUUUUCUAUUCCUAGAAAAUCUGAAGUACUGUGUUGCUCCACUAGAGGGAAGACGGCUAAUGAAAUAUCAGGACCCUCGCUGACUGCAGUAGCAGGAUUAUUCAGUUCUGAGUGAAUGGGUGUCUGUGAACAAGAUCUAGCCCACACAGAAACAGGGGAUUUAUUCCACAGUCAGCACCACAGAUUGCGACUUGGGAAGAAACCAUCAGCUAGAGGGGUCUAGUUCGUAUCCAAUCAUCGUUGACUGACUGACUGGUACUCCACUAGCAAAGGCAAGAAUUUGGAAGCGCACUCUACCCAGAUGGGACUUCGGAGUUCCUUCCCUUCCAGAGUCCUUAUUGAGGUGUUGAAGUGUUGGCAUGCUGAAGAAUCUUAGUGACAUUUAGCCAUGGGUGUUUCUUUAAAAAAGGAAAAGAAAGUGUCUCGACGAAGCUUUGAAACGGGAGGGUGUUGAUUUCUAGUUACAUUGCUGGAUUAUGUAGUUGUAUCUGUGGCUAAUUUUUCUAGUCCUCAACAAAUACACAGACAUGCUAUUAA